GUUUGGUGACAUUAUUCAUUAUGUCAUCUUCUGCUAUUGAAUUUUUGUCAGUUAGCCGCUGGAAAUGCAACAUGGCAACUCGUGAUCCGAAGGGAUACUCGUAUAGUUACACAUACCAGAACCCCGAAACCCAAACUCUCACCCCGAACCCACCACCAACUCCUAAGUACAGUACACAAACACAUUACUUAGCACAUAACAGGAUCCCACAUCAUCACGAGAUCUGUCUCCCAAUUAAUCAGCCGUUCGCAGAUCCGGACCUGGCCUCUGGGAAACAGUGCAGUGCGCCUGUGAUACGAGAGCCCGCGUCGCGGGAUGGAUGGUUUCGAUUCCGCGCCUGAAGCACAAAAGAAAAGAGCAAACUCCGGCAAGCUGCCAAGGGCCAUUUUUGUUGUUGUUUGAACACAACUGCUCGACAGGGGUAUCGGAUUUGGGAUUUGGGAUUUUGCGGCCCGCGAGAUCUUACCCCGCUCAAUGCCAGACUUCCGUUGAAACAAAGGUGAAGAACUCGGACUAGUUAGGCUAUGUAAUGAUCAUUAUCUAGGUUAUAUGGUAUUAUUAAUCGAUUUACGUGGGGACAUUCUGCUGCCCCAGGGGUUGGGGGGUGGUGUGAAAGAUGUUGGCCUUGAAGGGUUCAACGCCCGCUUCCACCCAACGCCCGUCUCUGUAAAUCUAUUUCAAUCAACUUCAAUUAUUAGUAUCUCAAUGAAUAUUCAUUGAAAAGUGUUCUAGAAAGUAAUCUAUAUAUAUAUAUUAUCUCUCUAUUUAUUAUAGAAA